AUGGAUCGUAACUAUUGGAUGUAUGAAAUUAGGCGUACUGACCCAAGAUUUGUGACCAACAUGAAACUUUUUCUUAAGAUUGCUCAAGAGGAUCGUGUGAAAAAAGGAAACGAACUUGUUCCAUGUCCUUGUAUGGAAUGUAAAAAUUUUACCGACUUCAAAGAUAUACGAGACAUCGAGUAUCAUUUGUUGAGAAAUGGAUUUAUGUUUAAUUAUACUUGUUGGUCAAAACACGGGGAGUCAUUUCCUAAUCGUAGCACAACCUCAAUAAAUUUAGGCUCUAAUUAUAAUGAUGAGAACAACGCUUCGCAUAUUAGAGAUGACAGUGAUAAUUUAAACGAGGUCAACGAUAAUUUAAAUGACAUGCGCAAUGAUUUGGAAGCUAAUGCUGAUGACAAUGAUCUAGAAAAACUACAACAAUUAUUUGCCGACGAAGAAAAACCGUUAUAUGUUGGUUGUACAAAAUUUUCUAAGCUUAGCGCUGUGUUAAAACUCUUUAACUUAAAGACAAACUACAAUUGGAGCGAUAAGAGUUUUACAUGUCUAUUGGAGUUAUUGCACGAUAUGCUACCCAUAGACAACGAGCUACCCAUAUCUGUGUACCAAGCUAAGAAAUUGAUUUGUCCAAUGGAAUUAGAGGUGGAAAGAAUACAUGCAUGUCCCAAUGAUUGUAUGUUGUAUAGAAAUCAGUACGAGAAAGCUCAUACGUGUGUUACAUGCGGUGAAUCGAGGUACAAACGUAAAAAUGAAACUAAUGAUUAUGACGACGAUGUGACGAAAAACGGGCCUCCAGCUAAAUUAUUAUGGUAUUUCCCUAUUAUACCGAGAUUAAAGCGUUUAUUUGCUAAUCCUAAAGAGUCAAAGUUGUUGCGUUGGCAUUCCGAAGAGCGUAAGGAUGAUGGAAAGUUAAGACAUGUGGCGGAUUCACCUCAGUGGAGAAACUUUGAUUACGAUUAUCCCGAUUUUGGAAACGAGGUUAGAAAUAUACGAUUUGGUCUUAGUUCAGACGGUAUCAAUCCUUUCGGAAACAUGAGUAGUCGUCAUAGUACUUGGCCGGUUCUUUUAUGCAUCUACAACCUUCCUCCAUGGCUAUGCAUGAAAAGAAAAUACAUAAUGAUGUCAUUGUUAAUUCAGGGUCCAAAACAACCUGGUAAUGACAUUGAUGUUUAUUUGUCUCCUUUGAUUGAUGACCUUAAAACCCUAUGGAGCUCAGGUGUAGACAUGUACGAUGCUUAUGAAAAGACGAACUUUAAGUUACGCGCCAUGAUUUUUUGCACCAUAAGUGAUUUCCCAGCAUACGCCAAUUUGUCAGGAUAUAGCACAAAAGGUAAACUAGCUUGUCCUGUGUGUGAAAAUGAAACAAGCUCUAUAAGAUUAAAACAUUGCAAAAAAACUGUGUAUAUGGGACAUCGACGAUUUCUUCCACGAGAUCACCAUUAUCGAAGACUCACAGAAGAAUUUGAUGGAAAUGAGGAGCUCCAAAGGGCUAGGAAAGUUUUUGAUGCAUUUUCACGGGUAGAAAAUAUGAAUACCGUUCUAGGAAAAAGAUCUCGUACCGAGACCAGAGACAAUUGGAAAAAGAGGUCAAUUUUUUGGGAUUUGCCUUAUUGGAAAAGUUUGGAAGUUCGACAUUGCCUAGAUGUUAUGCAUAUUGAGAAAAAUGUGUGCGAUAGUUUGUUGGGCCUAUUGCUAAACAUUCCUGGAAAAACUAAAGAUGGGAUUAAUGUUCGUAAAGACAUGGAAGAAAUGGGAAUACGUAAAGACCUUGCCCCUGUUGAGAGAGCUAAGAGUAUUUAUCUCCCACCGGCAUGUUAUACCAUGUCACGUGAAGAAAAAAGGAAGUUUUGUCAAUGUUUACACGAUAUUAAAGUUCCAUCUAGUUAUUCAGCAAAUAUUAAAAGGCUGGUGUCGAUGAAAGAAUGUAAAUUGCUCGGUAUGAAGUCUCAUGAUUGCCAUGUUUUGAUGACACAUAUGAUUCCUAUUGCAAUUCGCGGGUUGUUACCUAAGGAAGUCCGACAUACAAUCACAAAACUUUGUUUGUUUUUUAACAUGAUUCAUUCAAAGGUUAUUGAUCCCGAAAUGUUGGAUAGUUGGGAGAAGGAUAUUUAUAUUACCCUUUGUGAACUAGAGAUGUACUUUCCACCGUCCUUUUUUGAUAUAAUGGUUCAUCUAGUAUCUCAUGUCGUAAAAGAGAUAAAGUCUUGUGGUCCUGUAUUCCUACGAUACAUGUAUCCCUUUGAAAGAUACAUGGGUGUGUUAAAAGGUUAUGUGAGAAACACUAAUCGACCAGAAGGUAGCAUUGUUCAAGGGUAUACAUCCGAAGAGGCGACUGAGUUCUGCACAGGGUAUUUAGAAGGCGUUAAAAGUAUUGGUGUUCCUAAAUCACGUCAUUCAGGUCGACUUGCAGGCGUUGGAGGAGUUGGUAAGAGAUUAAUCACCCCACCAUCUGAUGAGAUAAAAAUUGCUCAUUUUACAGUUUUACAACACAUGACAUGUAUUGCUCCGUAUAUCAAUGAACACAAGAGUAUACUACGGUCAACACACUUGCGCAAGUCAGAUAAUUGGUAUACCAAACAACAUAACGAGGGGUUUUGUGAUUGGUUGAAGAAAAAGGUGGAGGAAAUUUAUGGUGAACCAAAUGUUGAUAAAACUGUGGAGAAAUUGGGGAUGGGGCCAGAUUUUAGAGUAAUAUCUUACCAAGGGUAUGAUAUUAACGGUUAUACAUUUUACACUAAAAAACAAGAUGAUAAAAGUGCAACGCAAAAUAGCGGAGUCACACAAAUAGCCUCAAGUACAAAGGGUGACAAAAUGAUAAUCGCCAAAGAAUCAUAUUACGGUGUCAUACAAGAAAUUUGGGAGUUAUCGUAUGAUUCAUUCACAAUACCUUUGUUUAGAUGUAAGUGGGUCAAUAAUCGCACAGGUGUUAAAGUUGACGAACAUGGUUUUACACUUGUCGACCUUACAACGGAUGGGUAUAAAUCAGAACCAUUCAUUCUCGCAACUCAAGCCACACAAGUAUUUUUUGUCAAAGACCCAUGCAAUCCAAGAUACCAUAUAGUAUUGCAAGGUAAGCGACGUAUUCUUGGUGUUGAUGAUGUUGACGACGAGGAAGAAUACAACCAGUUUGACGAAUUACCACCAUUUUCUGUCGGUAUUCAACAGGGUAAUGACUAUAUCACCGUUGGCACCUCAUACUUACGACGAUCUGACCACGACGACGGGAUAUCUAUAGAAAAACCAACCCAAACCAAGAAGUCAAAGGGUAAACAAUGA